ACACACACAUUUCUCAUGCUGCUGUAUAACUACACCUGUUCUGCUCCACACCAGGCUAAGAAGAAGAAGCCGAGCUUCCGUAAGCUGCUGAAAACCAGCAACAUCAAGCUGGAUAACAAGCUGAAGAACCGUCAGUUCAAGCAGCAGAGUUCAGCCAAGAAGCAGCGCAAAGAGCAGAGAAAACUGCGGCAAGCCAUCAGUGAUGUGUCUCAGCAGACCGUCCAGCCUCUGGAGCGCUAUGAGCAGGAGCAAGGCGAGGAAGACGAGGAGGAGUUCCUGGAGUCGCUGCCCACCGAUAUGAUGGAGGACGACGACUUGGAGGAGAUCAGAGCAAUGGCUCGGAAAGCCUCGUUCCUAACAAGAGACCUUUCCUCCUGCGCUCCUGCUCACACCAAAAAGCGCAAGUCGGACCAGGCCUUAGAAAAUUACGAGAAGAUGCCCAGGAAGGUGAAACACGAGGAGGAGAAGGAGGUCAUUCAUCUGCUGCCCAUCAAAGACAAGACUGGCCUGAUCCCUCAGACCAUGGAGAAGCCAGUGGUGAAGAAAGCACCCGAGAAAGACGAGCAGGAGGAAUCGGACUCCGAAGACGAGCCCGAGCGAGCGACAGAAGAAGCACGGAGCUUCCUGGCGCUGACUCCAGAACAGCGGCUGAAGCUUCGCUCGCAGAAGCUGAUGAAGAUGAAGCUACAUAUCGCCAGCUUGGGAUCGGUCAUUCUAGAAGAUCCGAACUCUAACAUCAAGAAGCUGAAGGAACUGCGGGCCAUGCUGAUGGAGACGGACCCGUGCGUCGCCGUCACGGUCCGCAAGCUGGUCAUGGUGUCGCUUAUGGAGAUCUUCAAGGACAUCGUGCCGUCCUACAGGAUCCGUCCUCUGACCGAAGCAGAAAAAAACACCAAGCUGAAGAAGGAGACGCAGCAGCUGAGAGAGUUUGAGGAGGGGCUCGUUAGUCAGUAUAAAUUCUACUUGGAGAAUCUGGAGCAGACCAUCAAAGACUGGAAGCAGAAGAAGAUGAAGGCCAGUCAGGCCGUGGCUCUGGGGUCCUAUAAAGGUCUGGCUGAAGUGGCCAUCAGGUGUCUCUGUGAACUGCUGGUGGCUUUGCCGCACUUCAACUUUCACAACAACGUCAUCGUGGCCGUGGUGGCGCUGAUGAACGAUCCGAACAAGAAGGUGUCAGCGAUGUGCUGUGAAGCGGUCAGGAAUCUGCUGAAGCAGGACAAGCUGGGCCAGGCUUCUCUCGCCACAGUGAGGGUCAUCUCGGGAAUGGUCAAAGGCAGGAACUAUAACGUCAAAACAGAGGUCCUGAACACACUGUUGUGCCUAAGAAUAAAAGAGGUGGAUGUUAAGAAGGACACUGAAGACCUGGCCCCCAAGCAGAAGUUCAUGAACUUCCAAGAGAAGAAGAAGAACCUGUCCAGGAUGCAGAGGAAGUGGAAGAAAGCUGAGGAGAAACUCCAAAAAGAGCUGCUAGAGACCGAAGCGUCUGACAGCAAGGACAGGAAGCUCAAGCUGCACACCGAGACGCUCAACAUCGUGUUCCUGAUCUACUUCAGGAUCCUGAAGAAAGCCCAGAAAUCCGUCUUGCUUCCCUCCGUUUUAGAAGGUUUAGCGAAGUUUGCACACCUGAUAAACCUGGAGUUCUUCGACGAUCUGCUGACGGUUCUUCAUGGUUUAAUUACGUCUGGUGACCUGUCCCACAGAGAAAGUCUCCACUGUGUCCUCACUGCUUUCCACAUCCUCUCAGGUCAAGGUGACGUGCUCAAUAUCGACCCCCUGAAAUUCUACACCCACCUGUACAAAACCCUGCUUACGCUGCACGCAGGCGCGGCGAACGAGGAGACGGGCAUCGUGCUGCGGUGUGUAGACGUGAUGCUGAGCAAGCGCAGGAAGCAGGUCAACCUGCACCGAGCGCUGGCCUUCCUCAAGAGACUCGACACGCUCGCUCUGCACGUCAUGCCCGACUCGUGCGUGGGCAUCCUGGCGGCUAACAGGGCGCUCAUGCACACUUUCCCCAAGUGUGACCUCAUGCUGGAUAACGACAUGCACGGCAGCGGCGUGUUCCUGCCUGAGCUGGAUGAACCCGAGUACUGCAACGCUCAAAACACCUGUCUGUGGGAGCUGCACACACUCAAGAGACACUACCACCCCAUGGUGAGGAAAUACGCCACUCAUCUUCUGGCUGGAGCUCCUAGCGAAGGCGCCGGUGCUCUGAGUUUAGAGCUGAGCAGAAGAGCCCCUGUGCACCUGUUUGAAGAUUACAGUGUGAAGGACAUGACCUUUAACCCACCAGUCUCAGGACCACCCAGGAAGAAGGAGCAUUUCACGAUCGGCGAGGCGUUCCUGGACUCCGAUCUGAAAGCGCAAACGGACGCGGCCCUACAGCAGGACGAGCGAACGCCUCUCGACUUCGCAGCACAUCUUCCGCAGAAGUGAUCGAACUCUGUAAACUGUACAUACGUCUGUUAUAAGAUGUUUUAUAUCGGUGCGUAUAUAUAUAUAAAAAGAAUAAAAAAAAGGGACGACA